CAUCAUACACCCCCAUCCAUCUCCCUCGUCUUCUUCUGUUCCUCUCUCUAGUUUAAGCUCUUUCUUUAUGACAUUUAGCACUUGAAUUGCUGCAAGCUUCAUGUGAGAUGACACGAAAGAAAUAAAGUUGAGAGAAGAGCCCAUCAAAUAACAAUGGAUGGGUUUCCAUCAAAACAACUUAUGAUGGAUGCUUCAGAUCCAAAUCGAAAGAAAAUGGCUCAGAAGACGGUGGUUAUAGUGAGAGCUGAAGCCAAACUUGGGAAGCAUGGAGGUGAGGCUCCCCCUGAUUACUGGUCAUGGAGGAAGUACGGGCAGAAGCCAAUAAAGGAUUCACCAUAUCCAAGGGCAUAUUACAGAUGCAGCAGCUCAAAGGGAUGCUCUGCAAAGAAACAAGUUGAAAGAUGCAAAAAAGAUGAAUCACUUAUUAUCAUUACAUACACUUCAAGCGACAAUCAUCCUGGACCUGUCCCCUCCUCCCUCAACAAAUCUAUCAACUCUUCUCGUAUUCCCUUUCUUAAUGAAGAUUGCCGCUCAUCUGAAAAGAACAGAAAUGUGGAAGAUAAUUAUGAAUCCUCUAUAGUGAAGUGUGCACAGGAAUCAACAGAGAAAGUCCAAGGAGAAGGUGAUACCAUCUCUUCCUCAAUAGAACCAGUAAAUUGUUCGAUGGAGGAUAAUGACAUAUUUGAUGAACUUGAUGAGCUUCCACUGCCUUCAUCCUUUAAUAGCUUGGUUAGGAGCAGCAUUUUUUAUGAAAAAAUUAUUCCUCCAUAGAGUUGUAGGACUUUGUUCAUGCAAUUAUCAAAAUUGAAACUAUAUUUCUUCCUUUUUAUUUUUUUAUUUUUACUUUGCA